UGUAUGUAAUGCAUUUUAAGUAGUUUGUUAGUAUUUUGUUUUGCGAGGACGCAAAAAUUUAAGGCGGGAUGAAUGUGAGCUUGCGCUCCCAGAGCUAUAUUUUUAUAUAUUUUAUUUUUAUAGGCUAGUGCCAAACUUAUUAUUUCUACUUCCGCUUUUUGUGUAUAAAAAGUGAUGCCACGCUGUUUUAAAACAGUUCAGUGUACCGUUGACCAGUGUAAAAUGUCAAGUACUCGGCGCUCUAUGUCACAUUAUGACCCAGCUGUGGCACAAGUAGAAAAAGCUCUACAACUUGCCCAAUCGUCCAAUGUGCCUCCAGAACUUUUGCAAACGCUUGAGCUUGCCUGCGAUUUGAUUCAAAAGAGAGAUGAUUACACAGAUUCAAACACUAGCUAUGAUAGUGCAGCAUGUCGCAAUAUCUUAGAGCAGACUCUAAAGCAUGACUGGGAUGCAGUGCACAGACAGGGAAAGACAACUUGGAACUUAAGGCCAGGAAUGAUGACUGGUCGUCUUGAAGGGCAAUUCUUAAAGUCUCUAGUCAGCAUUCAUAAGUGUAAGAAAAUUCUGGAUAUUGGAAUGUUUACUGGAUAUAGUGCUUUGUCUAUGGCAGAAGCAUUGCCAGCUGACGGGAAGCUGAUAACUUUGGAUCAAGAUAUUUAUUUGAAAGAAUUAGUUGAAGGCCAAUUUUUUAAACAGUCGCCGCAUGGAAAAAAAAUUGAAAUCAGGAUAGGUCCUGCCAUUAAUACGGUGAAAAAAUUGACUGCUGAUGGAGAACAGUUUGAUAUUAUAUUUCUUGAUGCACACCAAGGAGAUUAUGUUGAGUUUUUGGAGUAUAUAUUUGGCCAGAAUCUUUUGGUUCCUGGAGGAACUCUUCUCAUUGACAAUGCUUUUGUGUAUGGUACUGGAUACACAUCCAACCCCAGAGGAGGCAGCGCCAAUAGAUUCACAGAUGUUUUAGCAUCAAAUCCUAAUCUUCACAGAGUGCUGGUGCCUUUAAGAGAUGGUAUUUUGAUAGUCAGGCGAAAGUCAGAUGUUGAAGGUACAGUUGAUUAAACUACUGUUCCAAACUAUUGAUGGAUCAAGUUUCAAGGGCAUAGAUGGGACACACAUUCUAUCUACUUCUUAAAACAUUUUUUGUUGUUGUUAUAUCAUUGUGUAACUCUAACAACAGUAUUUCAUCCCUGCGGCAUAUAUAGUAGCACAAGCUUUUAAUUCACCUUUUUAUUUGUUAUAUUGAUAAUCUUGAUUUGUUUACAACAAGAGAUAAAGAUAAGCAUGAGUGGGUGAUAAAAGUUUCAAUAUAUUUGCAUGCAGAUAAGGACACCUUUAUAAUUAGAUUUUUGUAAAUUGACUUUAUUAGAAGCAUGCUUAUAGUGUCCUGACACCGCAGUGUUGGGGUGAACAUCAUUAAUAAAAUUGUAACUUUUAUUUACGUUAAAAACUUACAUCAUUUAAACAAUUUUAGGACAGUGGUGAAAUGUGGUCAAAUUAUUUUCCCAAUACUACUGCAAGCAUUAUUGCUACAACUAAUUAUUCAAUCUACAAGAACUAAUUAUGUCCAAUAGUUAUCUAUUCUUCGACAUUUACUAUGUUACCAUUUUUAUAUGUUUUAAAAAGAAGCUGGAUUAAUCUUGUAACUGUGCCAGAUUUCAAAGUGGUAAAACUGAACUAUCAAUUGCAUUUAUCAAUUUAAAUCUGCCUUUUUGUUCAUCAUGUGAACUUUGAUUUAAAAUAGAUUAAUGGUAAUAUUCUUGUUUGCCAUGGGACUAAAUUAACAUUAUUAUGAUAGAUUUAAUUUACAAUCUAAAUUUUGAUUGGAAGAUUAGUCAUUAGCUUCUGCAUAUAGACUUAUUAUGGCCCUCUAGGCUCAUAUAAGAGUUCAAAAUUUAAAAAAAUCAGAAUGACUAUAUCAGUGUGCAUAUGAUGUUUUUAAACCAUUUUUGAUGGAAUUUUCAUUUUCUAAAGCUGAUCUUGACAUGCAACUGAAAUUGAUGACUACAACACACAGUAACUUAUAUUUCAAAUUAUACUUCUACAUUUUAUCCUGUUUAAUUGCUAUAUUUCUUUAAAUUUGAAAAGAAAUGGAUUAUUAUUAUUUUUUUUUGCAUUUAUAAAACAAAAAUAUUAUUACUUAAUAUUAAAUAUACAGGGUAGUUUUCUUUUUGUUCAAUUAUAUAAAAUUUCUUGAACAUGAAGUGUUCACUUAUGUAUUCAAAAUGUAAACUUCCCUACAUAAAACAGUUUAAUCAUUUAUUAUGUACAGUAUGCUGCAUACAUACAACAACGCUAUUACCAAUAGUCUAUUUCAGGUACAAUGUUUAGUGAAGUUUGACUUAGUAUUUUGGAAUAGCUAAUUUUUUUUUUAAGAGCUUUAAUGCUUAGUUACGUCAUUUUUUAAAACUUAACUCUUUCUCUACGUAAUUAUUUUCAUCGUUCCGAUAGAAUUAUUCAUUUCGCUCAUUUGUAUUUCUCUAUCCUGUUGUGACUAAACUUCAAUAACUUUUUUGCUUAUUAUCAGAAAAUGUUUUGUUUGGUAUUGAAUUAUAGGAGAAUGCAUGCUCUUUUUGCACAACACAAAUUAAAGUUUUUAAAGCCAAAAAUAAAUUUAGUUUAAUGGGGUCAAAUCAAUGCUGGCAUGAUCAGUUAGGAGAGAAAGAGUUAAAAUAUUUUUCCAGUUUUUACUAUAUUAUAAAAUUAUUGUAUUGGUGGUUACACAUAAGCCAUUUCUUAAAACCAAAAAUUUUGCCCGUUUUUAUUUUUUUUGUUUUCACAUUAUUUUAUUGAACUAUUUUUUUUUUCCUAUUCUUGCUUUUUUGCAUUGUGACUAUUCUAUUUAGAGAUUGCCUUAUUGAAUGAAGCUUUUGCUUUAUAUAUCUUUUAUAGUUGAAAUCUUUAAAUGUUUUAUUGAUGAAUAAAAUUGUUAUUAAAAAAACAUGUUUUUAAAUAUGCUAUAAAAUUCCAUAACAAAUUUUGUUUCAUUUAUACAGAAUCUACAUUUGACCAAUACAUUUUUAUUUUCUUCCAUUUGUUUUCUAUGUGUUAUAGCCUGUUCAGAAAAAUGGAAUUGGGUUUACUCUUAAUUUUCAUUUAAGAAUUAAUUUAAAGUUCAGGUUAAUGAGAUUGCCUGUGACUUACUAUAUAUAGGUCUUAAUUUUGUUUAGAAAUCAUAAGUUGUAGAAGGUAUUCAUUUGUGUAUUCUAUUGAGAGGUGGUUUAUGUCUCACUUAUGUAUUGCCAUAUCAGCCUGAUGAUGGUAGAGAUAAUUUGAAUAAAUGUCACAUGAUAAAAUGUGUCAAGGUCACCAA